AUGCCAACUAAAAUUCAACCAUUCAAUUUGCAACCAACAAGUUCAGAAACCAAGAUUCGUUCCACAGCACAACUCUCCACACAAACAUCGUGCUUUGAAUUUACAAAGGAAGGAGGAGGAAUUGCAUCUUCUGAUUAUGAUCCAGAUCAUGAUUUGGAAGAACCACUCAAUGGAGUGGAAAUGACACAAACUACAUGUGCUCAAUGUAUUUCUAUUCGGUUAUUUAUUAUCAUUCUGAUGACUUCCUUGUUAUUGGUGUGCUCUAUUUUAAUUUGGCUCACUGGAUUUGUCAUGUCCCAGCAAGCUCUUAAUUCCAUGUCGAGUGAAUUAAUGGCCACCUAUGGACAAUCUAUCAUUCGCUUCAUGGAUGGUCAAGUAAGACCUUACAUUGCAGCCACACACUCAGUAGCCGACGAUUACAACAUUGGACUUGUUGGAAGAGCUCCACCAUUGUCCUAUCUCUACAAAAAGUACUCGACCUUCAAACCAUACGGUAUUGGUUUGGUAUUUGAUGAUGAGUUGAAUACUUUCAAUACUUUUGGUGUUCCACCGAAUGAAGUAGCAGCUUACUACCAAACUCCAAAGGGACAACCAAUUUUGAAUACAUGGAGUGUGAAUACUACCAGCCCCAAUGUCACAAUCAAUGGAUUGUACAAGAUUACCAGCAAUUAUCUCACCACAAAGCAAAGUUAUUGGAUUACCGCCUUUGGUUUAUUUGAAAAACAUCCAGAAAUGGAGGGCGUCUUUGGCUCUUCAAUUUAUUACGUGCCAGGGGGUGGUUACACCAUGUAUUAUUGUGCAAAAUUGUAUGAUCCUUCUAUUUAUUUCAAUACUGGUAAUAAGGUGGUUGUUGGUGUGGCCAAGACCAAUUUGGCUGUAAAUAUCAUUCAGAGAUUCCUCUCAAAAGUAACCUUAUUCGGUACAGGUUACUUACUUGUUGCAGAGGAUAAUGAUUUAGUCAUUGGAGGUAAUAUCAAUACCACUGCUUUGGAUAAGGUCUCCCGUGUAUCCAUGUUUGAUUUGGAAGAUCGUGAUUCUGGCAAGUUGAUGCAAAAGAUUUCGAUCACAUACGGAGAUUUGAACAUGGCCCCAGCUCACUUUGAAAUGAACAGUGUGGGAGUUGAUUAUUUCAUAUCGAGAUUUGAAUUUCAAUUAUUGAACUUGCAAUGGCAUGUGUUCAUGGUUCUGAAAAGGGAUGAAGUUCAAGAAGCACUCAAUAUAAGUUCUGGUGUUUCGGUAGCUGUCACAUUUAUCAUUAUAAUAUUUGGUGUGGCAAUCAGUUUUGCUAUUGGUGUCAUUAUCACAAGACCAUUCAAAGUUCUGGAACGUGAAUUUGGAAAAAUCAAAACAAUGGACCUUGAACAUGUAAUGAUUUCACAAAGCAAACUCAAGGAAGUAGACAUUAUAUAUGGAUAUCUCUUUGAAAUGACAGCAUGGCUCAAUGAAAUUAAGAGUUUCAUCCCAGAGAGCGUCUUUCUCCAGCUAAAGAAUGCCAAGCAUGAGGAAACCAAACGAGUUCAACUUUUUGAAAAGAAGCAAAUCAGUGUAACUGAGCUGCAAUCCAAGAAUAGUAGAAAUUUCUCUGCUAUUGGUUCACACUUUUCUGGUUUCUCUAGAAAUUGUCCAGAUCCAGGUGCAUCCAACUUGUUCAAGAUGGGUCUCAAUGUGAAAAAGACUGCAGUGAUUAGAAUUACACUUCCUGGGUUUUCCAAAUCCUAUUCGGCAGCUAUCAUUUCACACGUCUUUUCAAAGAUUGUUUCUGGUCUAUCUACCAUUUCUAAGGCUAUCCAAGCCGAUUUUUCAAUUAGCUCUGUUGAGGAAUUCCAAAUCAUUGUGAGUGCUGAUGAAUCACCAAACAAAAAGACUAUUAACAUUCAAAGUUUGGAUGCCGCAUUGAAAUUCUCUAAAUUGAUUCAAACCAUCAAUGAUACUUCCCAACUCAAUAUCAAGUGCUGUAUUGGUGUGAGUGUUGGUAAGGCCAAUGUUGGUAAUUUGGGUUGUGCCAGUUUUAGAUCAUUUAGUGUGGUUGGUGGUAUUUUAGAAAAUGCCAAGCGCCUCAGUAAGCUGGCUAACUUGCUUAAUUGUAAGAUUUUGACAGACCCUGGAUGUUUGGACUCUCAAACAAGACAAUACUUUGUUUCCAGACCAGUCGAAAGAUUACUUAUGGAACCACCAAUUUAUGAAAACUGUCAAGCAACAGUUUCUGGAUGCAUUUCAACAGUAUUCGAAGUUGAAAAGGAAAGAUCAGUAGAAAGUGAUGAAUGGAUGUAUGAAUUGCAACAACACAAGGCCAACGAAAAGUUCUCUGAUUUUUGCAAGUACUUUGUCUUUGAUCAGGAUUAUUCACAAUUAGGAAAUUCAUUACUGGUCGAAACUUUAAAGCAAACUGAACAACAACUCAAAGAUGAAGUGGAAAUCCAAUUGUCAGGUGAUGUGAUUGCUCUUCGGUUAUUGAGAAGUAUUCAAACAUUUAUUGGAAGAUCUCACGAUUUAGAAAAGCACCACGUGAAACUUUCAGAUGCCUUGUUGAAUUAUUAUACUAAACUUGAUACUUCCAUGUUAGAAGUAUUUCCAUAA